AUGCUGGCGCUGGUGUCUUGUCGGCAACUCGAGGGCACACGUUCUGCCGUGCUCUGGCCCGUCCAUGUCACCUCUGCGACGGUGACGGUUCAGAGCUGGCAGGCCACAUCCGCGCUGACGCUUGCGCUCACGGUGAAACUCUACCGGCGGCCACGGCCAUGGCUUCCCCGUUGGCUGUUCCCAACGCCAUCAUCCCCGCCUCAGGCUUUCCUCGAGCCCGAAUGCGGUACUGGAUGUACGUGA